UCGCUUGGCAUUCGUUUGCCACAGUCGUGCGUUGUCCUUUGCUCCUGUCGGUUGUGCACGCGCUCGCCAGCUCGACAAUUUGUUAACUUGGUCCGCGAGACACGUCCAGUGCACACCUGUGCGCGCCACUAGGCGCUCGCUCGCUUCUUGCUUCACGUCGACUCAAGUCAAGUCAACUCAAGCCAAGUCAAGUCAAGUCAAGGGAAGAGAAGCACGAAAAAGAAACGUAGCAAAUUUGCACCUAAAUUGCUUUAAAUUAUCUGCCCAAAAAAUUUUGGCACGCGCGGAGUUUGCAUUCACAAGGACUCGCUGAAGUCGAGAUGUGUGUGUGUCCGUGUGUUGUUGCUGUUGGUGUUUGUGAGUGUGUGUAUUGUUUACGCUCAGCUGCUGCUCUGCAUCCCAGCAGAAAAUAAAAGAAAAACAAAAUAACCGCUAAGUGUUUUACAAGUUGAAAGCAUUAAGUUCGGUCGCUGGAAAAGAAAAGAGCGUCGGUAAAAAUCUCUGACUUGGCAAAGCGACUGCCAUACUAAUGGCCAUAAUAACAGUCAACAACAAAGGCAACCGCAACAGCAAAAGCAACAGCAAUAGGAGGAACAACGACAACGACAACUGACAACAACAAUUACAGUAGCCAAAGCAGCAUGCCCCUGCGUGCAGCAUGUUCCUCUAACUAUGCUGUAGAACAACUACGAGUAUUCAACUGCAGCGGCAGCGGCAGCAGCAGCAGCGAGUGGCAAGCCAAUAAUUGCAUUCGAUUCAAGGACUAACUUUGUGCCACACACACACACAUGCAACAACCACAAUGACUUUUAUGCGCAAACUAACAGCAACAGCAACAACUGCGGCACGAACCAUGUUUGAGACUGGCAACAACAAUGGGGCAACAACAAGGCUGUUGGCAACAAAGGAUGCAGAGUCACACAACUCGCAUGCCGUCUACAUGCCACUGCUGCUUGAGGCAUCUGCUUCGGCCACGGCAACGGCGGCGUCACAUGCGAAUUAUUUGAAUUUCGUUGCCGAUGGACUUAUCGAUGUCGAUGGCAGCAGCAGCAACAGCGGUUCCUUGCCAUUGGAUAACUUAAGCUUUGGCCAGGAUAAUGGCAGCACAUCGACAGCGGCAGCGGCGGCGGCAGCAGCUGAAGCAGGCAGCGGGCAUUUAACAUUUGUCAUCGUCAAGUGUUUCAUUAUAGGUUUCAUCAUACUGGCCGCCAUACUGGGCAACAUGCUGGUGAUUGUGUCCGUUAUGCGGCACAGAAAGUUGCGCAUCAUUACCAACUAUUUUGUGGUUUCACUGGCGGUGGCCGACAUGCUGGUCGCUCUCUGUGCGAUGACAUUUAAUGCUUCCGUCGAGAUAUCUGGCAGAUGGAUGUUUGGUUCGCUCAUGUGCGAUAUAUGGAACAGCUUUGAUGUUUACUUCUCCACAGCCAGCAUAAUGCAUCUAUGUUGCAUAUCGGUGGACAGAUACUAUGCUAUAGUGCAGCCACUUGACUACCCACUGAUAAUGACGCAUCGUCGAGUAUUUAUCAUGCUGCUGUUGGUCUGGUUAUCUCCUGCACUACUUUCCUUUCUGCCCAUCUGCUCUGGCUGGUAUACGACCAACGAGAACUGGAAAUAUCUCAAAUCAAAUCCGCAUAUAUGCGAAUUCAAAGUGAACAAAGCGUAUGCCAUUGUCAGCUCAUCGAUGAGCUUUUGGAUACCAGGCAUCGUCAUGUUGUCCAUGUAUUAUCGCAUUUACCAGGAGGCGGAUCGACAGGAGCGUUUGGUCUACAGGUCUAAAGUGGCCGCCCUGCUGCUGGAGAAGCAUCUGCAGAUUAGCCAAAUACCCAAGCCGCGGCCAAGCAUACAAGUGGAGCAGUCGGCCAUAACGACAAUGCGGCGCGAACGGAAGGCAGCCCGCACAUUGGGCAUCAUAAUGAGCGCCUUUCUGCUCUGCUGGCUGCCCUUCUUCCUCUGGUACAUUACAUUUACGCUGUGCGACAGCUGCAAGACGCCGCGAAUCGUUGUCGGCAUACUGUUCUGGAUUGGUUACUUUAACUCGGCGCUUAAUCCAAUUAUUUAUGCAUACUUCAAUCGCGAUUUCAGGGCCGCAUUCAAGAAAACGCUCAAGAGCUGCUGUCCCUAUGCGUUCAUCAAUUGUCGCGCCAGCAUUCGAGCAUUUGGAGGCGGCGGCGGCGGCGACGGCGCUGGAAGGAAUGGCAACGGCAGAGGAGGGACUGGCCAUCGGAGGGGGGAUAAUGGCGCCAGGAAUGGCUCGGCUGAUCUGCCAGCGUAUAUGAACUCGACGGCCUCGUCGGAGAUACACAUGAAUGUGAUGCGGGGGCGUCCAUAUGGCUCUGUCACGCCCACAAUGACCGCCCAGGAGCAGCAGCAGCUGCAUCCACUGUACACAAAUUAAGCAAGCAACGUAACGUAUCAAAUCCAACUACAGACUACUGACUACUGACAUCUUCAUCCCACUUGAUGCUCGACUCAUGUGUGCUUCUUAUGUGUACCUUCAACUCAAAAAUAAGCGCUAUAAUACAACCUACUCUACUACUAUCUACUAUAUAUCUUAUGCGCCCAACUGUAAGACCACACGCUAUAAGCAAAACAAAAAAACAAGAGAAUAGAACGAUUUAAUACUAUACCGAACACGACAAUCCCACAGAAAUAAUUGAAGCCUUCAGAAUACAUUAGCCGAAAUCAAUGUGCAAA